CCCCCGGUGGCGAGCGUCAGUCGAGGAAGCGGCAUGCGAGGGAACGGAGCUAAGUUGUCAUUUAUCCUUUGGUUUUUGAAAUGACUUAAUACAGAGGAGACAAUGUCAGCACACAGCAGACAGAUGCACUUCCUUUGACGUGACUGGCUGGAGUGUUGCAGCUUGGCUGCCCUGCAGAAAACUAGAGGCAAAUGUUGAUCUUCAGCUCCAGUGUUUUAUUAUAACAGUUUAUAGACGUGAGUAAUGAAUUCAGUGAGACAGCUCGUGUGCAGCAGGUGGCUGCCUCAUGUCAGUAAGACACUCACUGGAAACCCAUCAGUGUCCAGGCAUGGCUGCCGGAGGAGACAGCUCAGCACCACCAGCAGCAACAUGACAGUCAUGCCUGCCUGGGUCAUUGACAAAUACGGAGGCAGUGACGUCCUGCGGUUCACCAAAAACGCCAGCUUCCCCAUCAUCCACUACCCCAAUGAGGUCAUCGUCAAAGUGCAUGCUGCAGCGCUGAACCCGAUUGAUGUCAGCAUGAGAGGUGGGUAUGGGGCUGCCACUCUGUCCAUGAAGAGAGACCCGCUGAAUAUCAAUCAGACGGGCAGCGAGUUCCCUCUCAUCCUGGGCCGGGACGUGUCCGGGGUCAUCAUGGAGUGUGGCCUGGAUGUGAAGUACUUCAAAGAGGGCGACGAGGUGUGGGCAGCGAUCCCUCCAUGGAAGCAGGGCAGCCUGGCCGAGUUUGUGGUGCUGAGUGCCAACGAGGUAUCCCAAAAACCGAAGUCUCUGAGUCACACGGAGGCAGCAUCCAUUCCCUACGUGGCGUGCACCGCCUGGUCGGCCCUGGUCAACACGGGUGGACUCACCAAGGAGAACUGCACCAGCAAACGGAUUUUGAUUCUUGGAGGAUCUGGAGGAGUGGGAACAUUUGCCAUACAGAUGCUGAAGGCAUGGGGCGCCCAUGUGACUGUAACAUGCUCCCAGAAUGCCGAGCGCUUGGUAAGGGGACUGGGGGCGGACCAUGUGGUUGACUACACUGCAGGGCCCGUGGAGGUGCCUCUCGCCACACUGGAGAAGUUUGACCUGAUCCUGGAUAAUGUGGGUGGAGCCACCGAGAGUUGGGCGCUGGGUCUGCUCAAGCCUUGGUGCGGCGCCAAAUAUGUCACCCUCGUCACUCCCUUCCUGCAGAACACGGACAUGCUGGGCAUCGCCGACGGCAUGCUGCAGACCGGCGUCACUGUGGCCUCCAAGGCCCUCAAGCACCUCACGAAGGGAGUUCACUACCGCUGGGGGUUCUUUGCGCCCAGUGGCCCGGCACUGGACGACAUAAGUGAGAUGGUGGAUGCGGGACAGAUCCGGGCAGUAGUGGAGGAGCAGUUCGCCUUCUCCCAGGUUCCUCAGGCCUUCCAGAAGGUAGAGAAAGGCCAUGCACGAGGAAAGACUGUGGUGCAGAUCAGCGGAGGAGGCGGAGAUGACUCACAACACUGACAUACCGCAUAAACACUCACAUCCUAUCACGUACAUCUCCCUUUGAACAAGGCCUGGAAACUGAUUUGUCUUCUAUAAUAAAUUAUCUGUGCAGUCUGUGCAUAUUGCCCGGUAUAAUCAGCUGAGGAAAUAAACUUGAUUGAUACAAUUA